AUGAUAAUAAAAUAUAAUUCAUAGAAUUGGGAUUAUAAUAAACCUAUUUGUUAGCUUAUAUUAAUUGUAAUUCACUCAUUUAAUAUCAAACUUUUCAUAAUAAAAUUUUAAAUACUGAAAAUGAGAACUAAGACUAUAUAAAAGUUCAUUUUAAUAUUAUUUGAAAUCUUGGAAAAUAAUGAACAUAAAAAUUAUAUUCGGUGGUCUCCUGAUGGUGAAAGUUUUAUAAUUCCUAAACGUAAAUUGUUUUAACAAAAAGUAAUGGUGAAUGCAUUUAAUACUAAUAACAUCUAGUCAUUUUUAAGAUAACUCAGCUUUUAUAAAUUUAAAAUGGAAAAGAAUAAACAAAAUCAAAAGCAGUAUUGUCAUCCACAUUUCUAGAGGGGACGAAGGGAUCUUUUGAGUAAAAUACAAAGAAUGAAAAAUGAUAAAUUAAACGAGGACAGUACAGAUUAAGCAUCAAAUCUGGAGUAUAUAAAACUUUAGAAUGAACAAUUAUAAAGUUAAUUAGAGAAGCUGAAACUAAACCAGCAAUAUAUAUUGAAACAAUUAAUAAUACAGGCGAAGAUUUAGGCGACAUUGGCGAGUCGGGUUGAGAGAAUCGCUUAAGAAAUGGCAAUUAUUUAUGGAGAAGAGCGUUAAUUAGAAUUUGCGAAACCGAUGAGAUUGUUUUUCAAAUUAAUCUAAGGAUAUAGAGUAGAUUAAUUAGAAAGAAUUAUUGGCUUUCUGAUUUUUGAGAUGGAUGUUCCCACUCCUAUUUAAGAAAAUUACUCUCCAAUUUAGUUCCCUUAUUGCUGA